ACACCGUAGUUCCGAAAAUUGACAUUUAUGAUUUGGCUUUGGCAUUCCUAGGAUAAGUUAAUUGAAUGAAUAUCCUCAAUAUCCUGCGCUGGCGGGUUUUUGUAGUGUAAUUUGUACAAGUGCAGGGUGCACUCAAUAAAAUACAAUAAGGAUUAAGGUUAAGGAAGAGGAAAAUUGUGGAUCAUCCUGAAAAUAUUUAGAGAAGAGAUUAUCAGACAGUAAUACUACGUACGUGCGUGCAGUUAGUAUACUGUUACUAGAAAUGGAUUUUAAAAUGAAUGAAUAUACCCAUGCACUGGUUGGUAAAAUAACCACUGGGCUCCAAGGAUUCGGCAAGGAUGUGGAUCCCAAAGAUGUACGGCGCCAGCACGAUUGCUUCGUACGACUAUUGAAAGAACUGAAUAUAGAAGUGAUUGAAUUAAAUCUUGAAGGAACAAUCACAGAAAAUAUUUUCCUUGACGAUGUGGCAGUGAUUUGUCAUGGAAUAGCCUUGUUGCUUAAGCCGCGAAACGAAGCUGAGGCGCGUAAUUUUAAGAUUUUGAAAGAAGUGCUCAAGAAAGACCUGAGACAGAGUAUAGUGGAGCAAGAUGAAUCUGAUGCGGUCAUUUGUGGAUCAGAUGUCCUUUUCACUGGUCGAGAAUUUUUUGUGGGUAUUUGUAAAACUACCAAUGAGGCUGGAGCUAGUUUGCUGGCCGAAACAUUUCCGGAGUUUCCAUGUACUCCGAUAAAGAUGUCCAAAGGAGCUGAACAUCUCAAAAAGUAUAUAACCGUUGCCGGCGAUGACGUGCUUUGCGUGGGCGCGAGCCAGGAAGCAAAAGAGCUGCUGAAGAGAAUGGAACGGGAGGCUAAUUUUUCGUAUCAAACACUGUCAGUCCCAGAAGACGAGGCUGCAAACUGUCUUUACGUUAACGGAACGCUCGUGCACAGGGCCAUUGAGGAGAUCCCUGAAGCGUUCAAGGUGUUCUGUGAGAAAAUUGAUUUUGCUCGACGUUCUAUAUGCCUCUCGGAACUGGCCAAACUAAAAGCCGAUCUCAGUUCCUGCUCGUUAUUGCGCAUCAAGAACUCCGGCUACCACAAUCCCCGCAUUCUCGCAGAUAAAAGCACGUCAUUGACAGUCGUCCCAUAGCAAGCCAGCAUCGCAGCCUCAACAGGACCAUCGCAGCCGACUCACCGCGCUUCCUGGUCCUACGGCACGCAACUUCACUGCCUCAUCACGCCGCAACAGUUCAUCGCAGCCCACGACCGGAUCAUCAACGCUUGGGGUCACACAUCUCCGGCGUGGCAGCUCUGCACACAUGGACUACUGGCGACACGCACGCAGCAUUCAAGCUCAGUCUCGACUCACCGCAGACUUCGAGCAGCACUGGCAACAAUCACGCAGCAUUCAAGCUCAGUUUCGACUCACCGCAAACUUCGAGCAGCACUGGCACUUGCAAGCUAAUCUCAGCACGGACAACGAUAACUAAAUAUGACACGACCUCCAGUCUCGGAGGGGAGUGAUGUGGCGGGUAGCCAUCAUACAACGCAAGAUAAUUGACAGAUGCCUGAAUCUCGCUUACGACAUUUUCAAGAUAAAGCGCAUAUAUACAAGUUCCGAACAACAACAUUCGGACCGUCGGUCUACCGAGCAAAUAUCACCCGCUCGGUGGAAGAUCUUCCCUUUGUCGUAUAUCUCCAUAUUAUGUACUGAUUUUAUGUUUAACAAGCUUUCGAUUCCUAAAUGAUAAAUAAAAUAAUAUUCAAAAAGGAAGGACAGUAUUAUUACUUGUUUAGCAUAAUCACUAAUACAACGUACAUUUGUAAUUCAUACUGUCCUGUCUGUAUCAGUAAUAUACAAUACUAUUAAUAUUUAUUACAAUGUUUACAUUGUUGCUAGAUUGAUAAGUCGAUGUAUUUAAAGUACCUGUUUAAAAAAAUACUUUUUAUUUAAAUUCGUUGUGAAAAAAAUCGGAACGUAGUUCUUAAUACAUCACAUUCUUGUUGGCCAACAUGUGAUUUUCUUAGAGAGGUAAAUCAAAUAAUUUCUAAGUGGUACUGUUUUUAAUCGAAUGAAAAAUCGAUAUUAUUCGACUGUCAACGAGUUCACGACGAGAACGGUUAAAAGGCCAUUAGCAUAGUGACAACUACAAGAACGUCCAAAACAAAAUUGUUGGACUGCCAAGGCUGAAAUUCUGACAAGAUGUUUUUAAAAUGACGAAAAUUCCUUGGUCAUAUUGGCUAAAAACUCGCAUAGAUAAUUCUUGAUGCAAUUAAUGUCAUCAAACGAAUGACCUAGGGCGGAAAAAAUUGUAUGAAGAGAAUUCAGUUCAUAAUCGGAUUAACUAUGUUGUUUAUAGUAAUUGGGCACGUUUGGGCCGAAUUCCGUUAUAAGGUUGUAAUGAGGCAUUUUUAUAUGUGCGUAAAUCGAUUUUAUAAAUACAACACUUACGAAUUUCGAUAAACAGUAAAACCUCGUAAAAAUUACCUCGAAAAUAAUAAAGUAAUCGAAAAUUGUAAAACGAAUAGCAAAUCAAACUGUGAAAAUAUUUUGAAAACAUGUCUACUGGGUUAGUGAUGUUCUUAUUUAUAUCGAAUAUAAUAUGUUUUUAAAAGUGUGACUUCAACAAGAUGUCUUAAUUUAUAUUUUAGUCAGUAUUAAGGUCUGAUCAUUUUGUACACAGUUAAAACUUUGUAACCGUAAGCACAAUUUUCAAGUUGAUUAAUACAUUUAUAUUUUGUAUUUUAAUUAAUAUAAUACCUUUUUUCACUAUGACUAAUGAUAUAAUUCUACAAAAUAACGUUACGGUAUUGAGCAUACGGGGUAUCAAUUAAAAAAAAAAAAACACGACGUAAACGUCAAAUUAAGAGAUUGUCAAAAGGUCAGACCUAAAAAUAAACAAAUCAUUGUUUUUUUUUUAUAAAGGUUUCCUUGUUUAAUACAGCACGAAUAGCUCAAAGCUUCCUGUGUUUAUUAUCACGUUAUUUAUUAUCUUUGCACUUAUGCAUUCCCUUUAUCUAGUAUUAUUAAUGUACGAUUAUUUAUAUUUCAGUCGUAUUCCUUCAAAAUUGUUAUAGAUUAUUCGCGAUAAAUUAUUUAUAUUAUAUUUAUUUCUGAAUGUCUUUAUUGUAUAAUUAAUUAAAUAGCAUUUGAGUAGUUGCAAUAAAAUUAUAUACGGAAGGUAUAAUAUUGCAACGUUAUUGCAUUAUAACAUAAAUAAACGUGAAAAAAUCCUGUACCGAAAUAUAAUCUUCAAGGUGUGGAUUUCCUCCGAAUUUUGUACUCCAAAUGUAUGUUUGAAUCUGAAUUUAAUAAAUAUGUGUAUCUCCACUG